GGUGAUGAGGUGGGACUGUGGCUGGGCUGGGGACAGUGUCCGCUGAGCCCCUGUCCCGGGGGGCCGCGGGAGGAGGGUCGGUCCCGGAGCGGGUCCGCAGCCCCGGCGGGUCCGGCGGGGACAGGAUGGUGGAUGUGUUCAGCGGGAGGGUCCUGGUCAGCAGGGACGGCCGCAGCGUGGACCCCGAGGAGGCCCUGCAGAACAAGGUCGUGGGCUUGUACUUCUCGGCCGGGUGGUGCUCGCCGUGCCGCGACUUCACCCCCGUGCUCUGCGACUUCUACACGGAGCUGCUGGAGGAGACCGAGCCCCCCGCCCCCUUCGAGGUCGUCUUCAUCUCCUCCGACCACAGCGCCGAGGAGAUGGUGGGCUACAUGCACGCCAUGCACGGCGACUGGCUGGCCCUGCCCUUCCACGACCCCUACAAGCAUGAUCUGAAGAAGAAAUACAACAUAACAGCAAUUCCUAAACUGGUGAUUGUGAAACAGACUGGAGAAGUCAUUACUGAUAAGGGAAGAAAACAGAUCAGAGACAAAGGGCGAUCCUGUUUUCGGAACUGGCUUGAGAGUGCAGAUAUCUUUCAGAAUUUUUCUAGCUAAAAAUGGCAAAUGGAAACAAGAAAAGGCAUCAUGGAAAACUUGAUAGAGCUCUGAAAGGUUGUUGCCUUGUUCAGAAUAAGAAGGGUAAGGCUUAUUUGUCUUUGUAAACAAAUUUUGGGUUUGACUGGAAGAUCAGCUACUCCAGUAAGUCAUAAAAUGCCAUUAUUGUUUUGUUUUGUUCUAUCUAUCUACUGUAUUCAAUAUGAACCAAAGCAUUCCUGAUAAUACUGAAGAACUUCAAAUGUAUAAGCUGUUUUAGAUGGUAAUAAUGGAAAACUGUACAAUCUAUGCAAACACUUCUUUUGCAAAGUCAGUACAGUAAAAAUAAAUGCAGAAAGACCUGUUUUGUUGAUGACAGUUUUUUUAGGUGAUUAUAGCAUUUUAUUAAAAAAAUGAAAUUGUUUGCUUUAAUAAAUAACUGUUUAUG